CGAUGGCUGAUGACCAAGACCUUUCAGAGGUGGAGAUGAGCCCAGUGGGCUCUGAAGACCACCACUGCCUCUCGCCAGGACCCUCCAUGGUGUCGGACAACUCUCCGCACCUCGCCGGCUCUGGGAACGGGGAGAUGGGGAAGGUCAAGAAGGAACAGCAAGACUCAGAGGCGGACGAUGACAAGUUCCCAGUGUGCAUCCGCGAGGCGGUCAGCCAGGUGCUGAGCGGCUAUGACUGGACCCUGGUACCCAUGCCUGUCCGGGUCAAUGGAAGUAACAAGAGCAAACCCCACGUCAAGCGGCCCAUGAAUGCCUUCAUGGUCUGGGCACAGGCUGCCCGGAGGAAACUGGCUGACCAGUACCCGCACCUCCACAAUGCUGAGCUCAGUAAGACCUUGGGGAAGCUCUGGAGGCUGUUGAAUGAAAGUGACAAGCGGCCCUUCAUUGAAGAGGCGGAGCGGCUGAGGAUGCAGCACAAGAAGGACCAUCCUGAUUACAAGUACCAGCCCCGCCGGCGGAAAAACGGCAAGGCCACACAAGGCGAGGGCGAAGGCCAGGUGGAGGGGGAGACUGGAGGGGCUGCCGCCAUCCAGGCCCACUACAAGAACGCCCACCUGGAUCACAGGCAUCCUGGUGAAGGGUCGCCCAUGUCCGAUGGUCAUCCAGAACACUCCUCAGGUCAGAGCCAUGGGCCCCCCACACCUCCCACCACCCCUAAGACUGAGCUGCAGGCAGGCAAAGCCGACUCCAAACGAGAAGGGCGUUCCUUGGGGGAAGGGGGAAAGCCACACAUUGACUUUGGCAAUGUGGACAUCGGGGAGAUCAGCCAUGAAGUGAUGUCCAACAUGGAGACCUUUGAUGUGAAUGAAUUUGACCAAUAUCUGCCGCCCAACGGACACGCUGGCCACCCAGGCCAUGUUGGGGGCUACGCGGCAGCAGCGGCUGCUGGCUACGGCCUCGGGAGCGCCCUGGCUGCAGCCAGCGGACACUCCGCCUGGAUCUCCAAACAGCAUGGAGUCUCCUUGUCCACUGCCACCUCAUCGGUGGUGGACUCCAAGGCCCAGGUGAAAACGGAGGGGUCUGCCCCUGGAGGCCAUUACACCGACCAGCCCUCCACCUCCCAGAUAGCUUACACAUCCCUGAGUCUGCCCCACUACGGUUCAGCCUUCCCCUCCAUCUCCAGGCCACAGUUCGCCUACCCGGACCACCAGCCAUCGGGACCCUACUACAGCCAUUCCACCCAAGCCUCUGGCCUCUACUCUGCCUUCUCCUAUAUGGGACCUUCCCAACGUCCCCUUUACACUGCCAUCUCUGACCCUGCACCCUCUGUGCCACAGUCCCACAGCCCCACACAUUGGGAACAGCCCGUCUAUACGACUCUCUCCAGACCGUAGGGAAUGGGGAAUGGUGACCGAAGCAGCGACGGAAAGGCUCCGAAGAAUCAGCACAGGCAGAAGAGCCUCCGAACUCCGAGGUCACUCAGUGCCAUCCAGCCACCAGAACCCACUGAGUAUACAGAAGUGCCUUUCUUGACCCCGGCUAUCGCUGGCUCACCCGCCUAGAGGAAGGUUUUUUGUCCUUUCGCCCUUUACCGAUUUCACGCAGGCCACGCGACUGGCUUGCGACACCUUAUUGGCCUUCUAGAUGAGGAUUCUAGACAUGGAGUGACUGGUCCGUGGUGGGUUUCGUUGUGCGCACCCUGGACUGUACGACGAGUGAGACUGUCCUUUUCUUCCCCUCCCCAAACUGCUCCAGGUAGUUAGCAAGUGUUUCCAACAGGCCACAAUGGCCAACGCUUUGUCACCUGCUGCAGGUGAAGGGUGGUUGCUCAGCCUUGGUGAACACGUUAUGGGAGCAGUAGUAGGGAGGACGGCACGGCUGGCUUCUUUGCGAUCAGCGUCGUGCAGCAGUCCUGCCUAAGAUUCACACGUGCAUGAAUCUUGAACCCCGCUGGAAGACCAACCUACGCUUGCUUCCCUGCUGAUUUCCACAGCUGCAUCCUAGCUUUUCUCCCUGCCUCUCCCUCCGUCCUGUCUGUGUUUAACCCC